AUGUCGAAGCAGUCCCUUGCAACUUUCUUCGCUUUGCCAAAUAUGCAGCCGUCGCCACGGAAAAGACCCCAUCCUAGAUAUGCAGGGCCUACGCGCUUUGCUAAAAAGUAUGGACAUCCUGAAGGAGGCAUUCAUUCCGAACUGGAAAAUUAUCUGCCCGAAGUAAAAAGUGGCCUCACACCAGUAACUCCAGCACAAUUCUUAGACAACCAGGACCAGCGAGAUGUUGCAAAAAAUCUGGAGUUAUAUCAAAGGAUGAGGUUCCGUGGUUUCACCGCCGCUGAGCUGGAAUCAGUUCUAGCUUUGGCAGAUUGUUACGAAACUACAAGUCGACGAAUAAAUUAUGGAAAUAAUCUUGACAAUGUACCCAUCCAUCCCAUGUGGGCACGGGAAAACUGGCAAUAUGACCUGCCGAGACAUAUUGCUAGAUACCCAUUUGGAGAUGGUAACGAAUAUUGGGAGGCAAGUGAUUCACCAUGUACAAAUGCUGAUGUGAUACUUACUACGCAUAUUAGGCCAAGAAUGACGCUUUCCAGUGCGUGGCGUGCGAUGGAGCCAGCCUUGAAGCUUGCUUCCAGUGUCAUUGCAAAUAUACAUACCUGGGAAUGGUUUAACUCGCUACUAAAAGGUCCAUGGGAAAGAGUUUCGCCAAAAGACCUUCCGCCCGACUACCCAUUAAAUGUAACGAGAUUUUUCUCAAAAGAGGACAGAAAGGAUAGAGAACUUAAAUCAGACAUUCGAGAUUUUUUCCAAAAAUUAUCAAAGUAUACUUAUUUUGCACUUUCUGGAGGCAAGUGGAUUUUCUGCAACAAAUCAGGUAUGUCUAUGGAACUAAGCCCUUUUAGUACCGUCGAGUUUGUAAACAUUGAUACUUUUUAUAAUUGGUCUACUUACAAACAUGAGCAAUACUCGGAAGCACCCGUACUUUCUCCGGGCAAGCAGAAGGAUUGGGAGAAUAUAAUAUAUUAUCCGAUUCCUGUUUCCUAUUUCAUGAGCCUUCAAUCUCGAGAAUUUUGGGACGUUCACGUGAGAAAGUAUGGUUCUAAGGCCGCUCAUGCGGGCCCAAGAUAA